GGUCUAGUCAUAGACAUAAACGUUUAUAUGUCUAUGGGUCUAGUAGCCUUUUUUACCUAGCUGUAGUAGACUAUCCUAUAUCCCAAUAAAUCAGACUUUUGAGACAGGAUAUUGUCUUUUCGUAAAUAUAACUUUGUGAAGCCACUGAUCUAUGAACUGGACACUUGUAUCAUGUGUGGCUGCUAGUCAGACGGUAGAAAACUGUCCUUGCACAAAUGUUUCUUUCUUUAUUCCUACUUCGCCAAGACAGUGUGUUCGAGAUCUUUUCUAUGGUCGGUUGCACGGAUACAAUCGAGCUCAAGUUACCAAUAUGGCACAAUGGCUCCACCAGGUGGUUAUUUGAAGCAGAAGAUAUGUCUAUGGAGGACACAAGCCAACAUUUGUCAUAAAAUAAACUAACCACAAACUAUACAAAUAAUACUCUCGUUUAACAAUACCAGUAGUAGAAAUAAUAAAUGAAAUAUUGUUAGAAAAAAGAAACAUCAAACACGCAAAGAAAUUGCCAAAUUUAAAGAUGAAUCAACGCAAAGACAAUACUUGGUCGGCCAACUCUUAGUUAGCUAGAAAGGUCAAAGUGCGACAGGAAACAAACGUGAGAACCACAACAACACGUUGUGUAUGGUUGAAUGGUAGGAAAGAGUUCAUUGAAAAUCUCUAAUUAUAGACAGCUUUCACACGCUUGAAUAUCACAACUGACAGCUAUCAUAUCAUUGUUAAAGAAAAUAUUACUAAGCUAGGGAAAACAAAAAUCCUAUUUUUUGCGACAUGAGGCCAGUACUUCUGAGGAGAGACUUUGUUCUCUCUGCCUUUAGUAUUAUGCUGUUUCGAAUUCCAAGCGCUAAUUUCUCGAAAUCAACUAUACCAGCGAUUGCCAAUUAUUUUGGAACAAAAGGUAGAUAUGAAGAGGUAAAUCCAUAUUUGAUUGAUGAUAUUUUAUCCGUUAACAAGACCCUGUCAAAGCCUCCAUCACCUGACUGUCGUGCAAUUCACCUUACCGCUGUUAUUAGGCAUGGCACACGAUUUCCUACCGCUAAAAAUAUUAGAAAAAUCAAACGUCUCCACAGUCUCGUCGUAAAUGAAGCCAAGGACUCCUACACGUGGUUAAGAGACAUCAAGACUAAAUGGGUAAUGUGGUACACCGAAGAAAUGGACGGAAAACUUGUGGAGAAGGGCAGGGAUGAUCACAGGCAUUUGGCUGUGAGGUUGGCCACAUCGUUUCCAACCUUGAUCUCUAAGGACAACUUUCAAAACAAUCGCAUGAAGUUCAUAACUAGCUCAAAACACAGGUGUGUUGACAGCGUGGAGGCUUUCCAAGAGGGCUUGCACAGGCUCUGGAAUAUCAAAGACAAAAGCUACAGCCAUGAAAUCAAUGACAAUCUAAUGAGAUUCUUUGAUCAGUGUAAGAAAUUCAUUGAAGACGUAGAGAACAAUAAAACCGCUCUUCAGGAGGUUGACUUCUUUAAGUCUUCAGAUGAAAUGAAAUAUGUACAGGAGAGGAUUGCCGAUCGCUUGCAGAUUCCCCUCAGUCACAUGACCGCAGAUAUGGUGGAGGCUGCUUUCUUCCUGUGUUCAUACGAGUUUGCUAUUAAGUCUCUGAAUUCACCAUGGUGCAACCUGUUGGAUGAGGCUGAUGCACAAGUUCUGGAGUACAAAAAUGAUCUGAAGCAAUACUGGAAGAGGGGCUAUGGUCAUGACAUCAACCGCAAAUCCAGUUGCACUCUCUUUCAUGACCUCUUUCGUCGACUUGAUCAGGCUGCCUAUGACUUCAGGUUCGGUCAUGUGACUGAGGCUGUUACGGUGCAGGUGGGCCAUGCUGAAACCCUACUACCCCUCCUCUCGCUCAUGGGUUUCUUCCACGACGAGACGCCGCUAACCGCCCGCAACUUCCACAAGCAGCAGGGCCGCUCGUUCCGCACUAGCCAGAUUGUGCCCUACGCUGCCAACUUAGUCUUCGUUCUGUACGACUGCAGCGAAGGCCUCAGGCUCCAGUUCCUGCUCAAUGAGAAGCCAAUGGCCUUCCCCAGCAUCGACCAUCCGGCUCCGCUGUACCGGACUGUCAGGGACCACUACGGUGACCUGCUGAAAGGCUGUAAUUUCGAAAAGGAAUGUGAACUACCCAAAUCGAGCCAAAAGAACACAGAGUUGUGAUACGGGCAAGGAAAUGAUCAGUGAAGGACGACAAAAAUGCAUACAGAGAUUUUUUCUUAUAACUAAUAGUGGUUUAGAUUUGUACAAAAACAAAGCACCAAGUUGUGAAGAGGUUAAUCACACACAUACUAAUUCUUUUUUUCUUUAAAAUUGUUGUGGCCAAAAAUGCGUUCCUUUUGCACUUUUUCACAAUUUUCAUGAUGUUGCAGGUUGCUUUGUUUUUUAAUUUCAGCACAUUUUCAAUGUGUAAUUGUGCUUUUUAAUGUAUUGGUGGUUCUGACUUUCCACUUACUUCCAUGCCUUUAUUUAUCUUAAAUGUAUUGUGUGGUUUGAAUCUAUGGUUAUGGUUAUGGAAAUAAGAAUAGUCACAAUGGGCCUCAUGCAAGAACAUGUUUCUAUUAUUUCUAUUCUAUUAUUCACGCUUUCUUCAUGCCGGCUUGGACAGAUAGGCCAUAUCAGGGGUGGACACUAGGUUAUAUUUUCCCUGUAGGAGACACUGUAGGAAGAAUAUAUCGAUUCAGGUUGUCCUUGCGUUCGGCCCAUUGUACUAAUACUAAUUGUAUGAUGUUGACUUGAAUAUUCCAAAGUUAUUUUGUAUUUUUCAAAUUGUACUUUUCUCACAGCGAACGGUGUUCAUACUGAUAAUGGGAUCUUUUGCAAUCUCUCUUUUUUUUGUAUGUCUGUCAAACACUGACAUAAUUUUCAAAUUUCAAGUUCUACAAACUCAGGCUUGAUUUUGACAAGGAGAUGGAUGCGUAAAAGCAUGGAGUUUACAGGACCGCUUGGGAUGCAACUGACACACUCUUGUUCUUUUGGCUUGGAUUGCGAGAUGGAAGUAGUGAGACUAAAAUCAAUGUGUCUGUGUGCGGAAGCAUGUCAAAGUUAUAGCUUUCAGACUGGCUUGUGAAUUCAAGGUAUGCUCCUCUUUAAUUGGAAGGCUAACGUCCAAAAAUGGCACUUCUUCAACAUGUACCCUGAUAUGUCUGCAUUAACAUUCACAGCUGGUCAUAGUAUGUUCUCUCCCACAAUCACUAUUCAUUUUGUUGGUGUUUUUUAUGGUCUUUUUUUGCAUCAGCUUCACGUGUCUUAAUUGUGUGCCGUUUAUCUCUUUACAGUGUUAUGGAAAUUCUGCCAAAAUCUAUUUGAAGUUUUCAUACAUUUUCAGGGUGAAGCGUUAGAUUUGUGUACAUGCUGGCGAUUUGAUAAUUGUAUUGCGCAUGGUUGACGUGCCGUUAUUAAACAUGAAAAUGUGAUUACAGAUUAUCAACCACA